UGUAUUCCUUUAAAAAGUCUCACGUCUCGAGGACACCAUUAUCACAACUUUCUCUUUCUAGAAAUGGAGGAAGGAGAAGGCGGAGAGGAGUACCUUUUCAAGAUAGUCGUGAUUGGUGAUUCCGCUGUCGGAAAAUCAAACCUGCUGUCGCGUUUCGCUAGAGAUGAGUUUGAUUUGCACUCAAAGGCCACCAUUGGUGUCGAGUUUCAAACUCAGGUCGUAGAUAUCGAUGGCAAGGAGGUUAAAGCUCAAGUAUGGGACACCGCCGGUCAAGAGCGCUUCCGUGCCGUCACCUCCGCCUAUUACCGCGGCGCCGUCGGUGCACUCAUUGUUUAUGACAUUAGUCGCCGUACUACCUUUGAAAGUAUUAAGCGCUGGCUCGGUGAACUCAACACUCACUGUGAUACAUCAAUGGCAACGAUGCUGGUAGGGAACAAAAGCGAUUUGGAGAAUAUCAGGGACGUGAGCAUUGAAGAAGGCAAAAAUCUUGCAGAAGAGGAAGGGCUUUUCUUCAUAGAGACAUCCGCACUUGAUUCCACUAAUGUUACAACAGCUUUUGAGAUCGUGAUUCGUGCCAUUUAUGAUAAUGUUAGAAGAAAGGUCCUUAACUCCGAUUCCUACAAAUCUGAAGUGUCUCUCAAUCGUGUAAGCCUAGUUAAAGAUGCUAACACAAAGCAAAGCUAUUGUUGUUCCAAAUGACCUUUUCUGGUGUCAUCCAUCUCAUUACUACUCUUGUCCAAACAUGAUUGUGGGAAGAUUUUCGACUUUUUGUUGGUAGUUACUUUUGGAAUUUUAUGUUUUGAAUUUAAUUAGUGGGAGUCCAAUAUUUCUUUAAGCGCAAUAUCAAUUGUAUAACUUUUACAGAUGAUAAAAUGAGUCAACUAUGUUACAUAAA